ACCGUUGAUAAGUUAUAGGGUAAAAUGUUAUAAUGGAAACUCUUCUGAAGUCUUCAACCGAACCUUUCUCUAGACGUUUUAUUUUACCGAACAGACUUGUUCGAAUAUUAUGCUUGUUCGCAUAAUUGAUGCAAAAGUUUUAUGCGCAUCAUUCUCGCGCAUAUAGCAACCUCAGAAAAUUUUGAAGUUUCCCGUGGAAGACAAACUCGUGUUUUCUUUCAUUUAGCCAAUACUUAACGGAUACAAAUUACAAUGACAUCAUUCAAGGCUGCUGAUUCAAAGAGAGAAGAGUUCAGGAAGUACCUGGAGAAGGCUGGGGUGCUUGAUGCAUUGACUAAGGUGCUAGUGACAUUGUACGAAGAGCCAGAGAAACCCAACAAUGCUCUAGACUUCCUUCAGCAACACAUGGGCACCACAGGGCCUGAGUCUGCUGAUGUAGAAGCAUUGAAACUUGAAGUGACUGAACUCAGGCAGAAGGUAGAAGCUCUCUCAGAGGAAAAUGGAGAACUAAAAACAAAACUUCAGCAGUAUGAACCACCACAAGAGGAAGCAACAGAGUAGCAGCUGUCAAUCAAACUCACUCAGAAAGACAUCUCCUGUAAAUAUAUGAACUACUCAACUCAGGGUGCAGCAUAGGGGUUUAAGAUCUACUAAGACUGGAUGCAUUGUGAUGUGACAUCUAAAUUAUAUGCUUGUUUAUUUUAAAACUCACUGGACAUUGUUCAGCUGUCCAGGACUUUAUGUCGCAUCC